CGCUUCCGAUUACUUAACCUUAGAUAACAUUCUUUGCUGUGUGGGAUGCAGAUUUGCUGGAUAUGGCAGAAAGUGAGCUCAGUAAAUGAGAGAGGCUUCCAACGUUUCUUGGACAAUGUUCAAUACAAAUCCAAUGGGAUCUUAUGCUAUGAGCGUGUCUUUGGACAAGGCUUUGUGAGCACUGGUGGAAUCGAGACAACCAACGAGUUUGUGGAGAAGAUGAAUCUGAAACCAGGACAGAGGGUGUUAGAUGUUGGUUGGGGCAUUGGUGGAGGUGACUUCUAUAUGUCUCAGAAGUAUGAUGUUCAUGUCGUUGAUAGAAAGUAAAGCAGCUAGGUGAUCUGAGAACUGGUUAACUUAUAAACCAACGCUGCUAUGUGUGAGACGACUAAAAGCGUGAGGAGAAAGAACACCAAACAGCGAGACAAUAAACUUAAAUAUUCCUACAGUAGUAACACGAGUGAAGCCAGUGAAAAUGGUCCUCUAAAGAUGUACAAAGACAAGCAUUAAAACAGAACCAACCAAUGCAAAGUGGAAACCACGGUUU